UUAGUAUAGUUCAGUCAGAUAACUGCAAGUGUUGCUAACCGUCAGCAGCCGAAGAGCAAUUGGUGAAGUGAAUGCAUGUCAAGCGGGACAAUCGGAGAACUGUCGACGUCGAUUUUCUGAUGCUGUUCCUGAAGAGCUUCUUCUCGAUACGUUCCUACACCGUGAACACCGUAAGCCAAUCGCCUGAAAUUUUCUCGCUUGAAAAUACAGUGAAAGUUAGAAGAGUGCAUUAAACGCGUUGCAAAUAGACGGCAAUGGCGCAACUGAAAGUGGCCAUAAUCGGCCAGAGCCCCUUCGCAGCCGAGGUGUACAAGCUCUUGAAACAGAAUGGUCAUCAAAUCACGGGAGUAUUCACAAUACCCGACAAAGGGAACCGAGAGGAUCCUCUAGCUGUCACAGCAAGAGCUGACGAAACUCCAGUCUUCAAGAUCAAAUCUUGGAGGAGCAAAGGCGUGACGUUGCCAGAGAUUUUCGAGAUGUACAAAGGGAUCGAGGUGGACUUGAACGUCCUUCCAUUCUGCAGUCAGUUCAUCCCCAUGGAGGUGAUUAAUCAUCCUCGCCAUCGCAGCAUAUGCUACCAUCCGUCAAUACUACCGCGGCACCGUGGAGCUAGCGCUAUCAGCUGGACCUUGAUAGAAGGAGAUGACACCGCAGGAUUCUCUAUCUUCUGGGCUGACGAUGGCCUCGAUACGGGGCCUAUCUUACUUCAGAGGUCCUGCAAGGUGGAGCUCAACGAUACUCUGGACACUUUAUACAACAACUUCCUGUAUCCCGAAGGCAUCAAGGCCAUGGCAGAGGCUGUGGAUCUCGUGGCCAAAGGACUCGCUCCGACGAUUCCUCAGACGGAAGUCGGGGCCACUUAUGACCCCAUGUUGAACAAAAAGGAGCUCCAGAAGAUAGAUUGGACGAAGCCUGCGAAAAGAGUCCACGAUUUCAUUCGUGCCUUGGAUAGCACUCCAGGUGCUUGGACCACUGUCAACGGCGAAGAAGCUCGUCUGUUUGGAUCUACCUUGUGGAACGGUGAUAAGGCACCGGAGCAUGAGAUCGAAGUCGCUGUAGAGGACAGAGUGGGUAUCAUUCACGAGGGUGGAUUGCUGAUCAAUACCGUUGACAAUCAAUUUAUCAAUGUGGAGAGAAUAAAGAUCGGUAGCAGAACCAUCCUUGCCAGCAAAUUUGGUCAGCAGAAUGAAAGUACUAUGCUUGAGUUCACUGACGAGGAGAAGAGGAACAUAGAAACGUUGAGGCGUAUUUGGGUCGACAUUCUGAAGACAAACGUUGAUGAGGACACUGACUUCUUUGCCUGCGGAGCAGGAAGUAUGGACGUUGUGAGGAUGAUAGAAGAAGUCAAGGACAACCUCGGAGUGAACCUGCAGAAUAUCGACGUUUUCAUGGCUCCGGUGUUCAACGAAUUUGUCAACACAGUAGUUCUUGCAGCCAGAGGUAUCUCCGCUGCCAAGGAGAUCAAGUAUGACACCGUAGAAAUGCAAGCAAACAACAUGGACCUGAAGUUCCCUAAACAGUUAUUCAUAAACGGAGAAUUCGUGAACGGUAGCGGAAGGCCUCUGAACACGAUUAACCCUCACGACGAGAGUGUGAUCUGCUCGGUCGAAACUGCCACCGCAGAGGACGUGGACAAGGCAGUCAAGGCCGCCAAGAAAGCCUUCGAAGAAGGUGAAUGGAGCAAGAUCAGCGCCAGGGAGCGUGGAGCUCUCCUUUUCAAAUUAGCAGAUCUAAUGGAGGAGCACAAGGAAGAACUAGCCACCAUCGAGAGCAUAGACUCCGGUGCAGUGUACACGUUGGCUCUGAAGACCCACAUAGGAAUGUCCAUAGAAACCUGGAGGUAUUUCGCUGGCUGGUGCGACAAGAUCCAAGGUUCCACCAUACCGAUAAGUCACGCCAGGCCAAAUCGUAACUUAACGUUCACUAGAAAGGAGCCGAUCGGCGUUUGUGGCCUCGUCACUCCAUGGAACUAUCCGUUGAUGAUGCUCUCCUGGAAAAUGGCAGCCUGCUUGGCAGCGGGCAACACCGUAGUGAUGAAGCCAGCUCAAGCUUCGCCUUUGACAGCGUUGAAAUUCGCAGAGCUAACUGUAAGAGCUGGCUUCCCACCUGGAGUGGUUAACAUCGUGCCAGGAAACGGUACUGAGACUGGGAACGCCAUUUGCGAGCAUCCUCUGAUCAGAAAGCUCGGCUUCACCGGGUCCACGCAAAUUGGACAGACCAUCAUGAGGUCCUGUGCUAACAGCAACCUGAAGAAAGUGUCCUUGGAACUGGGUGGGAAGAGCCCUUUGGUCAUCUUCGAGGAUGCUGACCUUCAGCAGGCAGUCAAGAUUGGAAUGGGCAGCGUAUUCUUCAACAAGGGAGAAAAUUGUAUAGCUGCUGGUCGACUGUUUGUGGAGGAAACGAUUCACGACGAGUUCGUGAGAAGGGUAGUCGAGGAGACUAAGAAGAUAUCCAUAGGAAAUCCUCUGGAUAGAAGCACAGCCCACGGACCGCAGAACCACAAAGCUCAUUUGACCAAGCUUCUGGACUUCGUGAAACGUGGAGUGAAGGAAGGAGCUCAACUGAUUUAUGGUGGGAAGAGAUUAGACCGUCCAGGCUGGUAUUUCGAACCAACGAUCUUCACAAACGUCACGGACGACAUGUACAUAGCCAAAGAGGAAUCUUUUGGCCCGGUUAUGAUUGUCUCCAAGUUUAGCUCGAAAAACAUGGACGAAAUGAUCGCCAGGGCUAACAAUACCGAGUAUGGAUUGGCUUCGGGUGUCUUGACAAAGGACAUCGGCAAGGCACUGAAAUUUGCUGAAAAGAUAGAAGCUGGAACGGUGUUCAUUAAUACUUAUAACAAGACGGACGUGGCUGCACCGUUUGGUGGCUUCAAGAUGUCUGGCUUUGGCAAGGAUCUAGGCCAAGAAGCUUUGAACGAAUACUUGAAAACGAAGACCGUCACCAUAGAAUAUUAGAAGAUAUCAUUAGCUUCUCAUCCAUUUUCAUUUUGCACUCUUAUCUUUGCACGAUUCUUUACACACUGAAAGCUACUAGAUUUGUAAGUUCUUACGAUUUAUUUUUUAUUCAUAUUGAAUAAAUUUAUUGAGUAUUUUU